UUGAUUAAACAGAUCUGCAGCUGGAAGCAUCUUUACACUACAGCCUCAACUGCGCUUUGCUAGAAUUGGUUUCUCUCUAUGACAGCUAAUCUAAGAUACCGUGUUUCUUGCGGAGUGAAGAAAGAUAAGGCGGUACAUAUAAAAUAAACCACUUUGUUUUGUAUUUGCUCGCUCACUAUAAGCUUGUGAAAAGCUGACACAGGCUAAACGAUGACAGCCAAAACUGCAGAGAAAGCUCCAGUAACUCUUGGUGGUUUUGUGCACCAGUUACCUGAAAGCAUCUACACAGUAGAUGACAUCGCCACGAAUUUGCCAGCAUCGGUGGCAAUCUUUCCUAAUACUGAUUUAGGAGGGCAUUUCGACCACGUUAGCGGAGUGCCAGGAGAUGGUAUGACCAACGUUGACAUGAGCACAGAUAGAAGGUCUCUCGACUUGUCUUCUUACUCCAGCAGUUUCACACAGCCUUCACCUCGCAAUCAGACUUUCACCUACAUGGGCAAGUUUUCGAUUGACUCUCAGUACCCAGGUGCCAACUGGAACCCAGAAAGCGUCAUUAACAUUGUGAGCGCCGGGAUCCUGGGCGUGACCCAGCCGCCCUCGUCAUCUUCAUCACCGGCCUCCUCCAUCUCUCCUAACCCCUACUCCAGCACCUUGAGCUGCACUAUGGCUCAGAACCAGCCUGACAUGGAGCACAUCUAUUCGCCUCCCCCUCCUUACUCUGGCUGUGGAGACGUCUACCAAGACGCAUCGUCCUUUCUGUCCUCGUCUACCUGCCACAUAUCCUACCCCCCGCCGUGUUACUCUUCACCAAAACCGUCCACGGACAGCGCUCACAUGUUCAACAUUAUCCCGGACUAUUCCAGCCUGUUCCAGCCACAGUGCCAACGGGAUAUCCAUUCAGUACCUGAACGCAAGCCAUUCGCCUGCCCACUGGAGUCUAUGAGAGUGCCGCCACCUCUCACUCCCCUCAACACUAUUCGGAAUUUUACACUGGGGGGGCCAGCUAUUGAUGGACCCAGACUACCCAUCGCGUACAGCCCCCAGAAUUUACCUCUGAGACCCAUCCUGCGUCCGAGGAAGUACCCUAACCGCCCGAGCAAGACCCCUGUGCACGAGCGUCCCUACCCGUGCCCGGCAGAGGGAUGCGACAGGAGGUUCUCCCGUUCUGAUGAGCUCACUAGGCACAUCCGAAUUCACACCGGUCACAAACCAUUUCAGUGCCGGAUCUGUAUGAGGAACUUCAGCCGAAGUGACCACCUCACUACCCAUAUCCGUACCCACACAGGAGAGAAGCCGUUCGCCUGCGAUUUCUGCGGCAGGAAAUUCGCAAGGAGUGACGAAAGAAAGAGGCACACAAAAAUUCACCUCAGGCAAAAGGAAAGAAAAUCUUCCUCGGCUGCGUCAACGACCUCAGUAGUUUCAAACACGGACAGACGUGCCAGUAUUAGCACAUCUACCGGUAAUAUGUGCCCUACAGGCAACAGUAUGUGUCCUUCCAGGACAAUAUAAACACACCCCUCGUAUUAUACACACUAUCAGAAAGUAUAAUAAUAAUAAUAAUAAUAAUAAUAAUAAUAAUAAUAAUAAUAAUAAUAAUAAUAAUAAUAAUAAUAAUAGAUAUACUAAAACCGAAAGUACUUGAAUGGUUUUGAAGAGAUUUUGCCAAGUUGAAUCGUUGCCCUUUCAGAUCAUAUACCCUUUGCGCUUGAAUAAACUAUCAACCCAUGCUGUAUGCGUAACAUAUAAUGCACUUUGUCUGCACGCAUUCAUCUUACAGAAGUUCCAAAGCAGUUAUGAUUGACUGAUACGCACUUUCAUUAUGUUGUUUAAGUAAAAGUUUUUUUUAGCUUGAAAGAUUGGGAGGUUUACUUGAUGUUUUUUUUCAAUUAAAAAUGAGUGAAAAGAAGUGCACAAUUCUACUUUUUCCCUUUUUAGUGUGUUCAUAUAGCCAGAACAAAACUAGUUUGCUUUUGUGAUAAACUGGCUUUUCAAUUUAUCAGUACUGAUUGCAAUGUGGAGGGUACAAAAUAAUAGCUAAUAUAAAAAAAUAUAUAUUUGCAAUAAUUGUGAAUAACAUGUACUAAGUUAUUUUUAAAAAAGGUCAAAUGUAUGUGUUGAUGUUAACAUGCUUAUUGAUUGUUCCGCUUCUGCGCGGUGCCUUGUUUUGUGUGCCCUGAUAAUUGUCAGCUUCUUGUAGCCAAUACAGUGUCAGUACGUUUUCAACCAAGCUGUAUAAUACCCAAGCAAUUUAAUAUCGUUUUUUUGUUUGUUUUUUUUAGAAUUAUAUAUUUUUGUACGCAUUGUUUUGUCUCUUAUUCUUAAAAAAGUGUUACCUUUGUAUAAAAGACUGAAGUCAGAGAAUGUAAAUAUACUUUAUAACUCAUACCGACUUUACGUUUGUUCGCUCGGAUUGUUUAAUACGACUGAAAAUACUGUAUUUGGUAAAAAAAAAAAAAAAAAAAAAAAAAAAAAAAGAA